GGGGAGCAAUGUAGUUGAAUUAAAAUAUAUUUCAAAGUUGAGUUUAAAAGUUCAUGCAUUCAGAACAGACAUCACGCUUCUUGAAUUCCAGGAGCUGUAACUACGUCAGUGGAAAAAUAUUGUUUUGAAAGUUAACGCGAAGAGAAGCAUGCGUAUUUUUAUAAACAAGAAACAGAUAUUGUGAGAACAAGAAAUACAACUUGGUCAAAGUAAUAUCAUUUUCUUUUUAAACAAGGUGAUAAUAUUAAUGCACUAUGGACUUGCUUGAAAAUGAUUUGUAUAAUAUUGAACAAGCUCUGAGUUCAACCAAGAUAUCGGGUACAAGGCGGCACCAAUCAUGCAUCAUUAAAGGUAUACCUGAUAAAACCACAGAGAAAGAGUUGUAUGGACUGCUAACCCAACUAGUUCCUGGAAUAUCCAUUAAGAGUGUACGAAUACACAGGCCUGAUCAACCAAAGCAGCUAAAGUCUGGGGAGGCUCAUUAUUGUUUGCAAGGAUUCACAUAUUUCCAUAAUGAUGAGGACUGCAAGAAGGUGGUAAAUUUUUUUCAAGAUUACACAAUGUCUAACAUUGGGUUUGAGAUCACUAAUAAAGAACAAAUAUCUGGCCAUAUUUUCGUUCACUUUAUGUACACUAAGGAAGGCUGUAAUUUCUACUUGCAAAAAAUGCUAAAACUGGGUAAACAUGACAUUAUCAGUCUUCCAAAACGAGACUACACAGUAUUUUUCUAUCGAGUACCCAUGGAUGCUACAAAAAAUGAACUGGUAACUUUUUUAAAGAAGGAAAUUCCAAAUAUAUCUGGCGAUAUUAAAGAUGUCAAAUUUCUACAGGGUAGUGCUUUGUCGUACAAAAAAGCUCUUGUCACGUUGUCGUCAAACGAAGAUCGUGAAAUCAUUAUUCAUUUCUUUAAGUUUUACAACGAAUGUGGCAUUGGCUAUCACUUGAGACCACACAAUCCAGACUCACUUGGAAUGUUUGCUUCCUAUUACUUCUUGAAAGUUGAUCCGGAUAAUAGUCGCAACAGAAUUAAAAACCAAAUUGCUUUGUAUAAUGUGCCAAAAGACACAACCUCUGAUGAACUGGAAGAAGUUCUUGGUAAAGCCUGCUCCUUGCCCAUGCAGUCGGUUUAUAAGUGGAAGAAGAACUUUACAAAUGAUAAAUACACUGUGUUGGUAUCUUUCAAAUCAGACGCUGAAUGUGAAAAAAUUGUACGGUAUUUCAAAUUAAACGAUGGAUAUGUGUUUACGAACAAGGUUGGGAGAACCUCUACAGUUUUUGCAAAUUACUGUUACAAAAAAAACGAAAGCACUGACUUUGAAGGGCUCUGUCAUCGCUUGCAGAAUUAUUAUCCUCCAGUAAACAGGUGUAAGAAGCAAAUUUGUAUUUACAACAUACCAGAAGAUAUUAGAGAUGAUGAGAUUGAACUGUUUUUAUUGACUAUUAAUCCAAAUGCAGUUGUAGAAAAUAUCCAUCUGGAUUUUCAUGCAGCAGCUUGGAGUAAGGCAUAUGUAACAUUGGCUGAUGACGCAGUUUGUUGGAAAAUAGUAGAUUAUUUUGUCCCAUUCAUACUAUCCUACAGUGGUUUCCAAUUGGAAAGUCUGUCUGGUAAGACGUCAAAAGUGAUAAUUCAUCAUGUAUACUCUUUUGAAUCACAGCGUGGUUUUCAGAAAAUUAGACACAUCAAAGAUGCAACACUUUCAUCUGAAAUCAGCUGGGAGGAAAAAAAAAGACAAGACAAAAACCCUAUGUCCAAACGUUUGGAAGUUCACUCACCAGAUAUGUUGAGGAAAAAGAUGAAUCACAUCAGCUGUCUUCUGGCAUCAUAUGCAACACUGGACACACAAGAUAUUUUGGUUUCAAACGUUCCUGUAGACACCAUGUCUGAUGAAUUGCCCUUGCUAAUAAAUUCCAUCAAACCUUUGGAAAGAGUGAAGUUUUAUAGUGUUUCCUUUGCACAAAAGAAAAGUGGAAACAUGUUGGUAAUCUAUGCAUUGCUGGAAAUGCUAUGUUCUGAUGACUGUCAAAAAGUUGUGCACUAUUUCAUGGCGAAUCAUUCUACAGGGUACUAUUUUAAAAAUAGAAAGGGAAAUUCUGGAACCCUGCAAAUGGUUUUCAACCAAGAGGAUCGUUUUAUGAGCGCUAAAAGUCUAGGUGGGAUGUGUUUUAAUGAAGUUCUGAUACAUGGAAUACCUCAAGAAACAUCACAAAAUGAGUUAAAAUCCUUUCUUAAAGAUCUGCUACCUGGCAUUAAAAUAAGCAAGAUUAGUUUCUGCAGUUAUAAUCGAGGUUUGAAUGCAUUCCUUAAGGUCGGUUCUAGUGACCGUGAGUCACUGAUUCAUUACUUUCAAUCCCUUCCAAAAGAAAGACGUUCUUUCACAAACGAGAAAGGUUAUGAAGGCCAGCUCAAUGUUAAGUAUUGCUUCACCGAGAAAAUGUUUCUUGACAAUGAGGAGGUUCCAAAAGAGAAAUUGCAAAAGUCUGACAACAAAUUUGUUGUUUACAACAUUCCACAGAACACAUCAGCGGAAGAAUUGGAGAAGCACAUUAAAAACAUUGCGGCAGUCUCACACAUUGAUGUUUUCAUUAAUCGAGUAAAAAGCCAAUCAACUGCAUUUGUGAGGACCAGACAGAAAGAAAAAUGCAUCAGGGAGCUGAUUGAGAGCAUAAAUAACCAACGCUUGUUUUGUAACGCAGACGGUGACAAGGGGGAAUUAACUGCAGCAUUCUUUUACAGGCCUUUCAAAAAGAGUGAUGUAAAACUUCAAUUACAGAAUAUUCCCCCAGGCACAACUGUGGAAGAAAUAUCAAUGCUGAUUAAAACUAUUUUGCCAAGCAUAGUGUCUGUUAUUAAGAGCGUGCACAUCUACAACCCUUGUAAAAUGGAUUGUGAAAACAUUAGCAAUGAAAAAGAGUCUUGUCUCGUUGGGUUGGUGGAAAUGUUGUCACCACGCGAUUGUGAAGAGGUGUUAAAAUACUUUGAGCAGUGUAAUGAUGGAUACAGUUUCUCAAAUAAAAAUGGUUGCACUGGGAAAGUUUUUGUUGAACCUUGCUACAUCUCAGAUAAGAAAGGCACAGAACCGAAUUUACAAGUGGUGUUGCAUAAUCUUCCACCAAAAACGACCAGGUUCGACUUGAUCACAUUUUUUGGGGAUCGUAUUGGAAGUCUGGGUGUCUUUAAUGGAGUUUGGAUAUUGGUCAGCAGCAAGAAAAAGAAGUUGAGUGCCAUUUUGAAUUUAAGAAAUAGCGCUGACCUUGACAGAUUUUUCUGGUGGGUGUAUCGGAAGAAUCUGGUAAAUGGAUUCAAAUUUACGAAUACUGCUGGAAAUGUUGGAGUUAUUACCAUGUCGUGUUCUCUUCCAAUGCCAAAAAUGUUUUUUGAGGUGGCAGAGCCUUGUGAGCAAAAAUUAUCUAUCCGCGGUGAUGAAGUAGUUUUGUCGAACGUUCCUGAUCUAACCUCGGAAGACGAAAUUGUUCGUCUCAUUUUUGAGAAUAUCGGGGAUGUUUGUACUGUAAGUGCUAUCAGGACAUUCGAGUCCAAACAGAGGAGAAAUGUCAUUGUUAAUGGUGAAGUGAUCACAUGGAGACGCAAAAUGUGUUUCUUACGAUUAGAUUCAAGUCAAGAUUGUCACACAGUGUAUCGAUUUUUUAAAAGUUUCCCCAUAGGAUUUUGGUUUUGUAAUGAAAAAGGCCAAAGUAGUCACCUUGUGGUUGAUUAUGUCUACAAAGACUUCACUAACGCUGUGUGUGGACAAAGAAAAGAAAACUGGGCACUGUAUGACGAGGCUGUACCUGCCAUGUGCAGACAAGAGAAUGGAAAGGUGGCACCCACCAAUGCAUUGGUUGAUACUAUAGAGACACAAUUAACGGCAAAAAGUAAUAAAGCAACUAAUAGUGUCCCCAACAUUGAUGUGAAAUUGCUGGACCACAUAAAGGCGCUUGUCAACGAUAAAAGAAGUCAACAUGUUUGAUGCUACAAUGCCAAAAGGCAGCAGAUCUGGGAAAACAAUUUUUAUUUUUGAAUACUAUGUAUCACUCUGCAUAUCUUUGUGAACGUCAUAAUGUUAGAUUUUAGUAGAAAUGUUAUUGAUACACAAGUUAUAUUUAUUUUUAGAUGUAGAAAAAAACAAAGUUCCUAUGUAUGUUUUAUAUAUAUAUUUUUAUAACAUAAAAAAGAAAACAAUAGGGUAUUUAUAUUAAAAGUAUUCUAGGAUAAAUAUUGUUAGUCAAAAUUAUAAAUGUGACCUGAUGUAACAGUGCAUCCAAUUUAUAAUACAAGUCAAAUACGACUACAAUUAUAAUAAAAAACAAAGUGAAUCUAUUUUUUUCUGACAUGGUACUGAUUUGCAUCGAAAUGGUAUAAUACUGUUUAUUUUUCCAUUGUGCUGAUAUUUCGUGAAUUAAAGCUUAAAGCAUUUCUACAUGACAAAAUUUAUUAUCAAAAUCAUUGUCUGUAAAUCAAGAAAAGAGAACAAGUUUUCAACUGGAGUAAUUAUUUUAUUAUUUUCCAGCAAUGUUUGUUUGAUAGUUACAUACUCGUGUACAGCGAACACCAUCGGGACCUAAAAAAAGUGUGAAAAAAGCAUCCGCUAUAGGGAGGUUUUACCGUAUAUGCUUUAGGGGUGUGUUAUUUCGCCCAACUUAAUAUUUGUUUAGACUUUCUAUCUUUAAUGUGUAUGCUUAUAAAGAUUGUUUUAUUAUAUUUUUAAAUCUGUAACUUAAUUUAGACAGAAGUUUGCAAAAUUGCAAUUGUUUGAAACAAUCAGCUUUAUUUUAUUUCUAGUGUCUUUAUCAUCUCAGAAAGAAAACAAAUCAAUAACUUUUGGGAAAAAAUGUUGAAUGAGAGUGGCAAUUUUUUGAAUGUGUACAAAACAAUGUUUUGAGUGUUUUCUUACCAUCUACUUAUAAAAGUGACUUAUGUCUUUUUUUUCUGUAAGAUAGUGCCUUAAGAGGGUGGUUUCUGUUCCAUCAGUAAACAGUGUAAACAUAUACUUAUUAAUCCUUUAACAUUUUUUGUGGUUUUUGUAUCAUUAAAGAGGUUAAACUUCAUGUGAAAUUUACUAGUUCGUUUAUUCAAAAAAUUUGUUAAUGUUGUUUAUUUUAUUCAUCUUGGGUAUCUUAGGGAAAUGGCUUGCUGAAGAAAUUUUCGCAGGUUUUUGCAUAUUUUUUAUGGAUUACUACAUUCUCCUGAAAUAUGUGAAAUUAACUUUUUCGGAUGCCGAAUAUAAAUUUAGUAGGAGCAAAAUCGUUGUUUUGCCUUAUAUGGAAUUCAUAAAUGAAGGUAUUUUCAAAUAAACCAUUGGCUUAAGUCCUACUUUGAAGUAUGAAGAAAUGAAAACUUUUCCGGUAGAAAUUUUUGUGGAUGACCAGUGAUAUAUGAUUUUGGCCAAUUCCACAAAAAUAUGUUUUGCCAAAAAAAAAAUUGAAAAAAUUUUUCUCCAAAUAAUUUGUUCCCUUGGUUGUUCGGAAUGUUCUUCUUGUUAUGAAAUAAACAUUGGCAACUAAAUUUUUUAACAGUAAUGUUAGUUCUUGCAGAAAUGAAACUUAUUGCCAUUGAUUACAAAAGCAAGACUGUAUUGACCUUAAUGCUGGAUUUCCACUUAAGAACAAAUCCGAUCGAAACAGCACAAGAAUAACUUGAAUUGACUGGAUGUUUUUUUAUUUUUUUUUUACUUUCAGUUCACAAAAAAAGUUUAAAUGAUUUUCAAAGUAUGUCUGGGUAUAACCUUUAGUUUUGUGUGACAAUCAUUUGUUCUAAAAAUUCCUCAAUAAACUCUAUGUUGUCACCCGGUACAAUGCAGUUGUAUCUUAUUUUUCCUUUUGAAAACGAAUUUGAACUGACAGUUUUAUCAGCCAGAUUUUAGAGACAAUAAAAGCCUACUCGAUUUAGUUCAUUCUUGAGAGAAAAUACAGCAUAAUGAAUCUCUUUGGUAGCGUUUUAUUUUACAUAUAACAUUAUCUUGAGUGCUUAUUUUAUAAGUGCAGAAACUUCUGGUAAUAGGACCUCUUAAAAAGAAUUUGCAAGCCAUUAACUUUUACGAAUGACUAAACCUUAAACUUUUAAUUUCAAGAAUUGAACCUCAAUGUAUUCCUUUUUAAUAAAAGCAUAAAAUUGUAACUGAAAUAGCUUGACAGGAAUAUUCUUUUACAGAUAUAAACUUUUUCUAGAAAUUCCUCCAUAAGCCUUAUGUUGUCAGCCAGUAAGUAUUGUAUCUGUGUAUCAUAUUUUCAACUUUUAAAAUGAAUUCACAAUAAAAUUUUAUAAACCAGAUUUCAGAAAGUAGAAAAAUGCAGAUAACAGAUGUACAAAACCCUACCUUGUUUUUAGAACUUUUCCUUAUUUUGAAACAUUUUGGUUUUGUGCAAGAACAAACAAACAAUAAUUUUACCAAUUUAAAAAUAAAUAUUUCAGUUAUAAUGCUUUUAUUAGUCAUUUUACUGGAAUUUUGUUCUAAUGUAAUUUUGUACCUGUUAUGUCUUUUCAUUGAACCAUAGCAAGUCGAUGGCAAGAGCCAAAAAUCCAUGGGGAAGAAUUUUAAUUGUUUUUAAUCAUUUAGACAAAAUAAAUAUGUAUGCAAGAAGGUCAGUGAAAAAGAAGAAUUUGGAGCAGAUUGAAAACCAAAAAUUUAUCAUUUUCAAUAUUCCCAGAAAUACAGAAGAAAGUGAGGUUCAGAGUUUAUUAGAGAGUUGGUAUCCAAAAGUAAACAUUGUAUCAAUGAAAUUUGCCAGAUUGAAACACAACCCUAACUAUGAGCAGUCAUUUAUGUGCUUUGUUCAAGUGGUGUCGAAUGAAGAGAGAGACGCCAUUUUGAAUUAUUAUGAGCAAUUUUCUAAAAAAACAUAUCCUCCUGGGAUUCAAUUUGUCAAUAAUGUUGGAAUAAAGGCACGUCUAUGUUUGAACUACUGUGUUUCCAAAAAUACCCUGCAAAGUGAAUGUGAAAACCUCGGUACUUCUGGAAGUGACCCUGUUUUAAAUGAGAACUCUGACAUACUGUCAUAUGAUGACAUAGAAGUGAUAAAAAGUUUAGCAGUAGAGAGAAAAAAAUGGGAGAAGCAAAAGGAAGGUUUAAUGGGAUAUGUUCGUGUAUUGGAAGAAACUCUCAAAGAAAAAUCACCUCUGUUAUUUGUGUCUGAAUUGGAGUUGCAUGAGUUGGAGAAUGAACAAAAAGAUGUUGGAAAGCAAAAAGCAGAAGUGCAAGAAAAAGUAAAAGCCUCUAAAAUUGAAUUGCAGGACAUCAACCAUCAAAUUGAAAAGCUUUUUGAGUAAUUUUCGUUUUUUACCCUGCUGUCUUGUUCAAUGUUAUUUACUUGUGUGUUUGAUUUUGUAUCUUCAUUUAAUUUAUAAUAUUACACCUUAAUCACUCAGAGCUACAAGGGCUAAGAAAGUAAUCAAAAAUAAGCACAUUUUAAGAGGGAAGUCUCAAGAAUGUACAAAUAAAAUGAAUGUACAAAUAUACAAAAGCAAUCUUGAGUGAAUAGACGUUAACCCCUAAAACUCAUUUUUCAUCAACCAAUUUAUCUGAUUUUAGUUUUUACUUUGACUUGUUUUGCAUCACUGUUUUAUUUACUAGUAGUAAGAGGAAAAUUGCACCUUAAAAUUUUGCAACUGUUUUGACUACACCCAUCCCUUUCCCAUCUGUUUAUUUCCACCUCUCAUGAUUUUAGGAGUUCCAGCGAUUCAUUUUAUUUUAACCUCCACCUAUAUGAAGAAUUGUGGUCAUUCUCAAAGAUCAUAGUUUUUCUAUCUGAAUUAUGAUAGACAAUGCUUGUAUCAGACUUACUUGUUUUUCUUUUCCAACAUAAUUAGAUUAUGUAUAUAUGUAUAUAUAAAAGUCAAUAGGAGUAUAGAAAAAAAGAAGUCUAUAAAUACUCCAGUGUUGUUUUUACUGCUAGUAACUAUACAGUUGCCCUUGUACAUAAAAUCUCAUUUUAUGCGUAAACCUACUUAGUCCUAAAAUAACCUUUUUAAAUUAUGUAGAUUGGCUUUUUUGCACCAAAAUUUUUUCAAACAACUAAUUUUAACUGGUUUAAAAAGUUUUGAAACUGUAUUGUCUUAGUCGUACUGUUUAGAAUCAAGGAAAUAUGUUUGAAAAUAGGUUUUGAAAAAUAACGAGUGUUUGUGAAUUUUAAGCAAUCAUUUAAUUUUUAAUUAGAAUUACGAUAUGCUUGUUUGGGGGAGAGCUAAACAUGUUCAAAAUUACUGUGGAAAGUUUAUCAUUUCUUGAACAUGAUAGUUUAGUAGGCGACGUUUCGGGAGAUCCUUCUCCCAUCUCCCGAUUUAGAUGACAUAUCUUUCUGGAUUGGCUGGAAUAAUUCUGUAGUGCAAAUUGUGCUCACCCAAACGCUUUCUAUAUAGCAUCUAAAUCACUUACGGAUUUUUUUAUAAUUAAGUUAGGCUUGCGUAUCCAAAGUUGUUAGAAUCGUAGAAACUAACUCUGAAUUGAUUUCACAAUUGUAACUUAUUUGACAUUUUGUUCAGUAAUUUUGGCACAUUUUUAUACAUAAUAUGAUUCAACUAGAAUUCCUAGCAUAUAGCCUCUGAUUUAGCUUCUAUGUGUAUUUUUGAGAAAAAUCAACAUGUGACAACAAAUAAAAGAUAUGUUAAAUCUAACAAGAGGACUAUUUUAUCCCUAUUUUCAAUAUUCUAUUAAAACAAUGGUUUACAAUUACGAUAAAAAUUUGUAACUUCUUUCUCCACACCUCUGCUGCACCAGCCUGUUUUUGUUGUUCUUUUUGUUGCUUGAUUGAUUUAUUAAAAUUGUGCAGAAGCAAUCCUGAGUCCAUGAGCUACCAUGCAGAAUUUUAAAGUCUUUAUUGCUCUGUGCUGUAAGAAAUUUGCAUAAAAUUUAAUUAAUAUUAGUGUAACAAUUUUUUUGGUAAAUUUUGUGUCAUUCCAAGAAAUUGUGUCCUGCUAUAUGCUCUGCAGUUUACACAUAAAAAGUUUGAUUAGGCAAUGGUGAAAGACAUAUAUUCAAAACAAUUAACCAGGAUUGUAAUAAGGACCUUUGUUUUGUAUAAACUAACUCUGUUGUAAAAAUGUUAAUGUGCCAUUAUUUUUUUGCAGCAGUUAGUAAAGUUAUGAACUCAUCAAAGGGAUUUUCUCCCAAUGCGGAAAAGAAUAAAGUAAAGGUGUAUAACUUGCCUUAUGGUACAACAAAGAUGGAUGUUGUCACCUUACUUGCAGAAGGCCCAUCAAUACAUUUAACUGAAUCAAAAGUUGAUUUUGAAGCAUCCUGGCGUAAGGGUAAAGACGAAGGUUUCAUGGCACAUAAGCUUACAGCUUGUGUCACUGUGCCAUCUAUGGCAGAGAGGGAUAAAAUUAUCAACUACUUUAAGAAAUUUAAAAAUGGUUAUCUGCUUGCUAAUAACAUUGGUAUCAGGCGAAGAAUAUUUGUUCACAAGUCGUUUAUUAAGAAGUAUGACAGUGCGAUGUCCGGCUUCACUAAACGCAGUUUGUUUACUCAGGAUGGUGAUGUUGAUCUUACAAAACUUGUUAGAGAAAAACAGAUCUGGGACGAGAAGAAAA